CAUCCAAUAUUACUUUUUGUUUCGUCCGCGACGGUCGACCUCCAUUUUCCUGUCGUGCGAUAAGCCAGCUGGGAAAAAAUAUGUGAAACGGUGGAAAAUUUACUCGGAAAAAACAUGGAAAUUCGGUUGAAAAGUUACCUUUUCUAAUAGUAAAAGUGCGAUAAGCUGAUAGGGCGGAAAUUGCUAGGUUUGUAAUCGCUAACUUCUCACAUCCGGGUUGGGGUUUGCAGGCUAAGUCGUCGUCAUAGUGGAAAACGCGUCAAUUUUCAUAUAUACAAACGCGUUCCAGGAAAAUAUCGAGAAAUUUGUAUAAUUCCUUUUGUGCACUGAAUUCAUGAUUUAAGGUUGCAGUUUGGUGGCAAGUGUUAUCAACUGGUGCAAUUAGGGGUUGGUGCGAGGAAUCACAGAAGGACAAAGUUGAUUCUGAUCGGAAAAAUUCUAACAGAUUUUCCACUACAAUAUGUCGUCGUCCGGACAAACAGGAUUUCUAUUCUUCUUUUUAGACUCGGUAGAAUAUAAAGAGCGCCUAAUAGCUUCCGUCAAAAAGGAGGUUAAACAACUGAUGGAAGAGGCGGUUACUAGAAAAUUUGUACACGAAGAAAGUGGCUCAGUUACAUCACUAUGUGCUGCAGUUGAAGCAUGCCUAAGUCAAGGUCUACGCAGACGAGCCUUAGGCCUCUUUAAAACAUCAUCAACAACAGCUUUGCUACAUAAGGUCGCAAAACACUGCCCGGAAGCUGCCUAUAUUAGUCGCAAAGUCCAGGAUAUUGAAAAUACAGAUCCAAACAAAAGGUCUUCAUCGAGUAGUGAUAGCACGAACAAACCACCAAUUUUGAAAAAGAACAGCAGCAAUUCAGUAACUACGGUUAGUGGACCGCCGGCACAGCCAACUGUUAAAUACCUCUGGAUAAGGUUGGCAUUAUACGAGAAACGCUUAGCGAAAAUCAUCGAACAUUUAGUAACCAAUGCUACCAGAUAUUAUGAGCGGGACUCACUGGUAGCUGAUCCUGAUUAUGGGUCGAUCCUUAGUUCGUUAUUAGUUGGACCAUGCGCCCUAGAUUACUCUAGAGCAAAGACACCAGAUCAUUAUUGGACCGACCCUCAUGCUGAUGAAUUGGUACAACGUCACCGGAUAAGUUCGGGGAAUCCUACGCCACCGACAUGUCGACGGCCUAUACUAAACUUCAAAAGAAGUCUGCACACUAGUUCAGAGGAAGCUAGCACCGGGUCGUUUAAAUCCAGCACAUCUGUUACAGCCAAGGAUUAUGUGGAGUCCUUACAUCAGAAUAGUCGUGUCACUUUGUUGUAUGGAAAGAACAACAUCCUUGUGUUGCCGAAGGACGUCAGCGAGCAAAUGCCAGGAUAUCUAAGCAUUCAUCAAACGGCACAGUCCCUCACAGUCAAAUGGACCCCAAAUCAGUUGAUGAAUGGCUAUACCGAAUGCGAAGUAACUGACAAAAGUUCAUAUUGGGCCUAUGCCCUUAACAUCAACGUCGACGAAAUUGUCUAUGUACAUUGCCAUCAAAUACGUGGCGAGGAUACCGGAGGAACUAUUAUUUUUGUUGGUCAGGAUGGCGUCCAGCAUCCUCCUAUACUUUUCCCUGAAGGUGGACACAUGGCAGCUUUUCUGAGUUGUCUCGAGACAGGUCUCCUACCACACGGACAAUUGGAUCCUCCGCUAUGGUCAACUCGAGGAAUUGGCAAAAUUUUCCCAUGGCCAGCUAAGGGACGCAGGCGUCUCUUAUCAUCGGUUUUAGAAACAAAUGAAGAUCACCCAAUAGAUUAUGUAUUCCGUGUGGUAAAUAAGGGAAACCAUGCAGAUUUUCUGGCUACACAUCAGAUCAUGGAGACUGGUCGCACGAGUCCUAGGCGAACCCAAUUGAGUAGUUGUUCAACGAAUGAAAGUAGCGAUUGUUCGAGUAAGAGCAUGUCCUUAGAUCAAAGUUUGCCUGAUACACCGCAGGUAAGUUUGAGCAACGACACAAAGGUCCUUGAAUACAUUAACUUGUGCUUCCAGGUAGGUGCAAAUCAGACAGCAAGUAUAGCAUUGGUUUGCUCAACAAUGCGCAGACAAAUAAUUUCCAGAGCAUUUUAUGGAUGGUUAGCAUAUUGUAGGCAUCUGUCAACCGUGAGGACACAUUUAAUUGGAUUGGUGAACGGCAGGAUCACCCCAGAAGCUGGUGCUGAAGGAGGACUAACCAAAGAACGAUGGGAGUCUCUCAAUGCAGAUGGGGUUGUAUCCGAUGAUAAAGAAGUUUACCGACUUGUUUAUUAUGGUGGAGUCGAACAUGAGAUACGUAAGGAAGUUUGGCCUUAUUUGCUUGGACACUACAGCUUCGGAAGCACACCAGAAGAACGACAUGAGUUGGAUGAGGCUGCUCGGCACUACUACGAGACCACAAUGGGAGAAUGGUUAGCUGUUGAAGCCAUUGUAAGACAACGAGACAAGGAGAAAACGGCUCAUGCAGUGGCAAAGCUUAGUUCCGAAAGUGGUAGUGGUGGGGACAAAACAAAAGGUGUUGAUGUUGAUGCCGAAAUGGAGAAUGAUGUUUUCGAGGAUAAUGACUUUUCCGAUAUAUCUGAUCCUGUUGAUUAUGAUGUAGAGAAGAAAGAAGAAGUGCCAGCUGAGGAAAUGAAAAAGCCAACGCGUGCAAAUAAGAGUAGUACAGAUUCAGGUAAUGUUCCAGACGAAGACAUCAAAAAUAAUGAAGACGGUCAAGAUGAUAACGAUGCUGAAAUGAAUCCUGAGGAGAUACCAAAAGAAAAAGACAAUGAUGCAGAGAUGAGAAACGUGAGUAAUCAAAACGCAAUUAAUGGCAUCGAAUUGGAACUAAAGGAGAACUGUUUUGGUGAAAAUGAUGGUGUCGCAGCUGCCACUACAACCGGAGGUAAAGAAAAUGUCAGCAACAAAAGUUCCCCUACCACUUCCUCAUACGAAACCGUCGGCAAUGAAUUUAUCGAUACUAAUGAUAUGAAUAAUGGUGAACGUUUGAACAACAUGAAACUUCCAGAAUUUCAGAGCGUGGACGAUAUUCAAAUGGAGCUGACGGAAUAUGAAGAUGAUGCUGGAGCAACGUCAGCACAAGGAAUGGACCAUGAUGAACAACAUUUGCAGCAAUUUACGGCCUCAUCACCUCGGGCUUCAGUUAUUGUUACAAAGGCGUCUAUUGAUGUAGCGAAUUUUGAUAAAGAGGAGGAAGAAGAUGAGAAGACUGCAGUCAUGUCACCAGUUAAGGAAGAAGCUAAUGGAAAUGCAUUGGAUGCAUUACAGGAACCGAAGUCUGCAUGUGUGUCACCAGCUAGUUCAAAUGGAGGAGUUUAUAGCUGUCAACUACUUGAAAAUUUCGGCCUCAACCUGCAUCGUAUUGAAAAGGAUGUUCAGCGUUGUGACCGCAACUAUUGGUACUUUGCAAAUGAGAAUUUAGACAAACUUCGUAAUGUUAUUUGCACCUACAUAUGGGAACAUCUAGACAUCGGUUAUAUGCAGGGCAUGUGUGAUUUGGUAGCACCGCUCCUUGUUAUUUUUGACGAUGAGUCCUUGAGCUACAGUUGCUUCUGCCAUUUGAUGGAGAGAAUGAUUCAGAACUUCCCGAGUGGUUCUGCUAUGGAUAUGCAUUUUUCAAAUAUGAGAUCCCUUAUUCAAAUUUUGGACUCAGAGUUGUAUGAUCUUAUGCAUGCUCAUGGAGAUUACACUCAUUUCUACUUUUGCUAUCGAUGGUUUCUGCUGGAUUUCAAACGAGAACUGGUAUAUGCUGAUGUAUUCUCAACGUGGGAAGUCAUUUGGGCGGCCAAGUACACGGCCAGCUCUCAUUUUGUAUUAUUUUUAGCAUUGGCGCUAUUGGAAACUUAUAGAGAUAUAAUACUAUCAAAUAGUAUGGAUUUUACAGAUGUCAUAAAGUUUUUCAAUGAAAUGGCAGAACGGCACAACACAGCAUCCGUACUGAAAUUAGCAAGAAGUUUAGUCCUUCAAUUGCAAACAAUUAUAGAAAAUAAAUAAAAAGUUAUUUAAAAAAUGAUAUUCACAUCAUUUAAACACACAAUAAUCACAAAAUAUCCAAGUAGAAAAACCUAAAUGAUCUCCAAGGCAAAUAUAAAUACAAUAUUUAUAUUCUUUUUCAUUUUUCCAUAUAUGUUUCUAAAAACACAAAAAUGGCGGAAAGUCUCAUAAAAAAAUAGAGUAAAUAGUCAAAAACCGCAUAUUGGAAAGCAUUAAAUAUUAUUUUCUUCUGUAAAUAAUAAACAUUUCACUUUAACACUAAGAAAGAAAUAUUUUGAAUAUUUUCUCUAUCACUUAUUACAUUUAUGUAUAUUUGAAUUGUUGUUGAUUUAUAAUUAUCUAUAAAUAAUUUUCAGAAUACGUUUACCCAUUAACUUAUUCUAAGGUAAUAUAAUCAGGAACAACAAGAAAAUAAAUGUCUAUGUAUAAAUAUAUUUACAAAAGUUGAUUAGAAAUCUGUAGUGAAAAAAAAGAUAAAAAAUUAUUCAAAUGUUGACUAAUUUCAUAUCAAUCUGAAUAGCAGUAGUGAACCAAUAUUAAAGGAAGAUAAAAGACAUAUUUAUAUCCAACAUUUACAUAUUGCCGUUAUCAGAAUGUCCUUAAAUUGAAACACAUGAAAUUCAAACUGAACUAUCUUUGUGUGAUUUUAGUCUAUUUUAUAAGAAUUAAUAUUAUUUAAAAGAGAAUGGCCAUUGGUAGAAAAAUAUGAGAAUUGUCUGGGUGUGUGUCAAUUAGCGGAUUGAGAAAAACUAUUAUUUUUCUAUGCUUCAAUUUACACAAAUAUUUUUAAAAGGAAUCUGGAAUAAAAACUAAUGGUCCUGAAUGAAUUUUUAAAAUCAUGGUUUAUUUUUAAAAAAUAAAAAAAUAGCACUUUGAUCAAUUACUAGCUUUUAUAUAAAAAAAAAUUGAGAGUUUUCAUCUCAGGUAGUUCAGUUUGAAAGCAAAUGGACAGAUACCUGACCAUUCCCAAUGUGGUUACCUAUUUCUACGAAACUCUAAAUGAAAACAGAAUUUAACAAAAUGCAGAGCAUUAAUAUACUGUGUAACAAAAAGCGCACGUAUAAAACUGUACUGUCAAAGUAUAUACUGCGCACAGUUUGCCAAAGUCGUUGAAUUGCGACAAAUAAAUUCAAACCAAAAUUUAUAUUUAUUGUACUAUUUAAUGGAAUUAUUUUCAAAUUUUUCUAUGUAACUAUAAAUGCAUAUAUACAAAUAUUCAUAUACAAAAAAGAAGGUUAAUUACAAAAUUAUUUUAAAGAAAUAUUUUUAGCGCAAUGCAAAUUUAGUCCACUAUUUAUAAUAUUAUAUAAGCAAAAGCUUAAUAGUUUUAGUUUCUUUUUACAUAAAAAUAAUAUUUUAAUAUUUAUUAUUUUCUUAAAGAGCCUAAUUGAUUAAAUUUGCUAAAAAAUGGUUGAUACUUUUGCACCUAAUGCUUUCAUUUUAUUCAGGAAAUAUUGUUCUAAAAAUGUUUCCUUAAUUUAAAUAAAAAUAGAAAAAAAAGAACAAAAAAUAAAUAGACAAAAUUACUGAAAGGAUCAAAUAGAAGUGGUGACUGUUAGAAACUAAACACUUAAAUAAAUACAUUUUUCUGCUUUAAUUUUUAUUUAAAAUAG